AUGGCUGCUCGUAAGGCUGAGCUUGCUAGGAAACAGGGGAAGAAGCCUGCCAAACCUAAGAAGCCUGCCAAACCUUCCCUCUCGAGCAGAGACAGGAUGGAGGAUGAUGAAGAGCUCCUUCCUAUUGAUGAUGAGGACGAGACUUCUGAGGAGGAAUAUGUGGAUAUAGAUACUGACGAAGAAGAACUUAAUGCAGGUAGGACAGUCGAUGAGCAUGAGUCGCUCGCUUCUCAUUAUGCAGGAUCCGGGCCUAGCGGCAAAGCUCCUACACAGGUUGAGACGCAUGGCAAGUCUAUGCACGAACGACCCGUUGGUUCUAUGAGGGCUGGUACUCCGAAAAAGAAGAAGACCGCUCAUAAACCACACGUUGGUCGGUACCCCUACAGAGUGGAUUUAGGAGACAUCGCCGACGGAGAGGAAGGAUACUAUGAAGACGGCGAACUUCCACCGGAUCCUGUAUUCCCUGGUUCUGAUAAUAUGGAUAGCUUCAUGCAGCAGAUGUGUGACGCCAUUCAUAACGAUUCCAUGGAUGUCGAUAUGAACCUUGAUACUGAGCUACGUUCAGGUAACUUAAAGAACCCAAGCAUGGAUAUUGGGGAGAAAGAAUUUUCUGUUCCUUCUGCAGAUGUUGUAAUAGAGAAGCCAGUUGGGGACGGGGCCUUUCAUGAUGUAAGUUUCGAAGAACAAGGGCGUGUCCCUGCACCAAGUUUCUCGGGACCUGACAUUGGAUUAUUAGUUGACAUGCUGGCUGAACAGGCCACUAGAGAAACCGUGGGACCACCCUUUGAGAGUGAUUCAUCCACAGUACCAGUCAUUGAGACCGAUUCAGUAAUGAUCCCCGGCCUAUCUAGUUUACCUCGGAGUGACGGACUUGCAGGAUCAGCCACUGGGACUGAUACCCUUAUGACUCCUGGCAUUCCCCGUGUACCUGAGGAUGAUGGAUUUGCAGGACCAGCCGUUGUGCCUGAUGGCACUAUAGUUUCUGAGACUGAUCUGCCUACAGGUGUUGAUAUACCCUCCAUGACUACUCCUGCCGUUAUCUCAGAGUCUGUCAGACCUCAAUCCGAGGGGGCCUCCGCUGGCGUUGGAUCUCGAUCAUCUCUAUAUGAGCAUGUUCGCGCCCUCUUGGCCGAUACCGAUCCAGACAGAGACAUUUUCCGUAUAGACCUCGGCUUUUUUACCGCCUUUUUUAACGGCAUGAUCGAGAAACUGCUUCAUCGAGGAUAUUGUUUUGAUCAGUUCAGGCGUUCCUUUUCUUGUCACAUGAUGAUGUUUAGAGAAGAAGGAUAUUCGGAGUUGGUUGAUUCCUUCAUUGCCGAUUUUACUGCUCUGGAGUCAGAGAUCUGAGAGUUAAAGGAAUUGAGGACUA